GAUGAAUUGAUUCAUUACAAACAACGAUUCAACAGCAGCAGCAGCAGCAGUAUUAUAUGACAAAUGCAAUCACAUACUUUUUUUUCUUGAAUGAGACAUUGAAACUUUUGUUCAUUAUUUGUUUUAUAUAUUAUUAUUAUAUAUCGUAUCGGACAAAUCAAAUCAUUCCAUUUUUCAAAUAAUUUAUUCAAUCAUUUCAAUCUUGUGACGACAAUCUUUUUGCAGAAAUUUAACCAUCCACAAACAACAUCUUUUGAUUUGAUUCGAGCUUUUUUUUAUAACAUUUUCUUCCUUCAGAUAAUUUAAUGCAAUAAAUGAAAAAAAAAUUAUUAAUCUUUGUAUGUGAUAGAUAAAAGUUUGAUGAUCAUUCAUUCAUCCUGUACCGAAUUAAAUUAAACGACAAUUUUUCAAAUUCAAAUACCAAGGUGGUUACCAAAUUAUUCACACUAAUACUAAUCAACCGAACAAAUGUCAUUCGAAGAUUCUGACUAUAUUUCGGCCAAUAUAGUGCCGGUUAUUGAUUUGCCGGAUAAUUUACGUCAAUCUGAACGUGUUCAACGUAUAUUCAAUGAAUAUAAGAAACAUUUUGGUUCAUCUCGGCCAUUAUUUUUGGUUCGAGUACCAGGACGUGUUAAUUUGAUUGGUGAACAUAUUGAUUAUUGUGGCUAUUCCGUAUUACCAAUGGCUGUCGUCCAGGAUAUUAUGAUGGCUGUUGGUCCAAGUGAUUCUGGUCUAUUACAUCUAGCUAAUUUUGAUAAUCAAUAUCCUGAAGUGACUAUCGAAGAAUCGGAUAUAGAAUUUCCUAAAUCAAUAAAAUGGUAUCACUAUUUUCUAUGCGGAUAUAAAGGCAUUGUAGAUAAAUAUUGUAUAGAUGGACCAGUUCCAUCAAUGAAUGUUCUUGUUCAUGGUACGAUACCUGCUGCAUCCGGCUUGUCCAGUUCUUCGGCAAUGGUUUGUGCCUCAGCAUUAUCAACGCUUAUCUCUUACCAUCAAUCUAUUUUUAAAAUAUCGACCCCGAUUCCUAAAUUGGACAUUGCUUUGUUGUGCACUAAAUCUGAACGAUAUAUUGGUACCGAUUCGGGUGGUAUGGAUCAAGCCAUUGCAAUGUUAGCGGAAGAAGGAUCAGCCAAGAUUAUCGAUUUCAUUCCACAAUUAAAUGCGACCAAUGUAGAUUUACCGGAAGGUGUUUGUUGGUUUGUCGCCCAUUGUGGUGUAUCAAUGCAAAAGGCAGCAACAGCCCAUUAUAAUACACGAGUUGCCGAAACACGUUUGGCAGCUGCUGUUAUUGCACGGAGAUGUAAAAUUGCUGGUUAUAAGCUUGGUGAUCAACUAUGGGUAGUACAACAGGCAAGUGCUAUUCCAUUAGCAGAAAUGGGUGAACAUUUGGCAUCGAUUUUAGAUUCGGAAAAAGAAUUUUAUACUAAAUCCGAAAUCUGUUCCAUACUUGGAAUCGAUUCAAAUGAAUUGCAUAAAAUAUUUCUAUCCCGUGUAAGCGAACCGAUUGAAGAAUUUAAACUUUAUCAACGAGCCAAACAUGUUUAUGAAGAAGCAUAUCGUGUACAAGAAUUUCGAAAAGUUUGUGACACAACCAAAGAUGUUGAACAUCUUGGUCAGCUGAUGAUUGAAUCACAUGAAAGCUGUCGAGAUCUGUAUGAAUGUUCGUCACCACAAUUGGAUGAAUUGGUGGCAUUAGCAUUGGAAAAUGGAGCCAUUGGAUCACGUUUAACUGGAGCUGGUUGGGGUGGAUGUACCGUAAGCCUUGUAUAUGAGGAAAAUGCUCAAGAUUUUGAAUCAGCUUUAUCACGGCAAUGUAAAUUUCUUUGUCGAACGAAUCCAAGUGGUGGAGCAAUAAUUUAUCAAAAUUAACAUGAUCAUUCAAUCAACAAUUUAUGCCCUUUUUCAUGCAAAAAAUAUAUUGUCAAUUUGAAACAAAAAAAAAACUUUUUGUGUUCGAUUUCCAAUUUCGAUUUGAAUAAAAAUUCUAGAAAAAAAAUAUUCACAGAUCACCCGAUUAAUCAUCAGUUUGUUUAUGUGUGCAAAACAAGAUAAUAUUCUGUAAAGAUGGAAAAAAGUUGAAUAAUAAAUAAAUUAAUCACUA